UCUAUAAAUACUUAUCCAUGCUCUCAAAGAACUUCAUGCCCUUCAUCCCUCCAUCCAAACAAUUGUUCCUCAUUGCUUGUAGUUACAAACCAACAAUGUCAGCCUUAGCGGAGAGGCAUUCCAACCAGUUUGUUUUGUUCCAUGUCCUGUUUGUCUUUCUCAUGAUCCUUGAAUUGGUCUCUUCUUUUAAUUCUGCUACUUAUGCUGCUUCUGCAACUACUAAAGUUGGAGAAGACGGAACUGAAGUUGCGGCUCUCUUGAGGUGGAAAGCUAGCCUUGACAACCAGAGCCAAUCUCUCUUGUUCUCGUGGGCUGGAAGCAAUCAUUGCAAUUGGGUUGGAAUCGAUUGCAAUAAUGCUGACAGAGUCACCCAUAUAGACCUUGAGAGUAAUGGCUUGAGAGGUACACUUUCCAAUCUUAACUUCUCUUCCUUCCCUCAACUCCUUAGCCUUAAACUUCAUAACAACUCAAUCUACGGGACCAUCCCCUCGAAGAUUGGUAGCCUUGUAACACUCACCUACCUUGACUUGUCCAGCAAUUAUCUUUCAGGAACAAUUCCAUCAGAAAUAGGAAUACUCUCUUCUCUCACAAUUUUGUAUCUUUAUGAUAAUCAACUUUCUGGAUCCAUCCCUCAAGAAGUUGGAAUGCUAAGGUCUCUAAUUGAACUUGAAUUGUCAACAAACAAUCUCACAGGUUCAAUCCCUGCUUCAAUAGGGAACUUGACCGACUUGACCAUUCUAUACCUUUUCAAAAACCAACUUUCUGGAUCCAUCCCUCAAGAAGUUGGAAUGCUAAGUUCUCUAAUUAAACUUAGUUUGUCAACAAACACUCUCACAGGUUCAAUCCCUGCUUCUAUAGGGAACUUAGCCAACUUGACCAUUCUAUACCUUCAUACAAACCAACUUUCUGGAUCCAUCCCCCAAGAUGUUGGAAUGCUAAGGUCUCUAAUUCACCUUGAAUUGUCAAUAAACAAUCUCAUAGGUUCAAUCCCUACUUCUAUAGGGAACUUGACCAACUUGACCAUUCUAUACCUUUAUGAAAACCAACUCUCAGGAUCCAUCCCCCAAGAUGUUGGAAUGCUAAGGUCUCUCAUUGAACUUAGUUUGCAAACAAACAAUCUCACAGGUUCAAUCCCUUCUUCUAUAGGGAACUUGACCAACUUAAACAUUCUAUACCUUUAUAAAAACCAACUUUCUGGAUCCAUCCCCCAAGAUGUUGGAAUGCUAAGGUCACUAAUUGAACUUGAUUGGUCAGAAAACAAUCUCACAGGUUUGGUCCCUACUUCUAUAGGGAACUUGGCCACCUUAACCAUUUUAUACCUUUUCAAAAACAGUCUUUUUGGACCCAUCCCUCAAGAAGUUGGAAUGCUAAGGUCUCUAAUUGAACUUGAUUUGUCAGUAAACAAUCUCACAGGUUCAAUCCCUACUUCUCUAGGGAACUUGACCAACUUGACCAUUUUACACCUCUAUACAAACCAACUUUCUGGAUCCAUCCCCCAAGAUGUUGGAAUGCUAAGGUCUCUAAUUCACCUUGAUUUGUCAACAAACAAUCUCAUUGGUUCAAUCCCUGCUUCUAUAGGGAACUUGGCCAACUUGACCGCUCUACACCUUGAAAGAAAUCAACUUUCAGGAUCUAUCCCCUAAGAUGUCGCCUAUACGGUUGUUAACCGCUCCCUCCUUCUCCAUCUCUCUAUCUUUCUCUCUCCUAAACACCUACUACACCACAUCUCUGCCUUUAGAUCUAGACUCCGUCGCAUUAGAUCUGGACUCCGUCAGUACCUCAUAUCUAGUUGCUUUGCCUCUUCACUGUGGUGGAUUUGACGUGAGAUUUGGAACCCAAGCCAACCGAUGAUAGUGGUCGAUGGGCAAGUUGAGCUUCAGAGAGAGGGCGGUGGAUGGUGGGGGAAAGUUGGUCUUAGCUAUGGAACCUCUGCGGGAUCUCGUAGUGUCGUUGUAGGCCAAUGCAGCUUCUUCGGGAGUGUCGCCUCUACCUUCUCAUAGUCGUGGUUGCUUAGUUUAAUUUAAAUUAAUUUUUAUGUUUUUUUGUUUUUGGAUAUGAUGAUUUAUGAAUGAAGAGCUAACGAUUUUAUAGUAGUGAUUUGUAAGAGAGGUUCGACGUGGGAAUGGUUCAAUGGAGGGUUCAUCAUCGCCGUCGACGGUUGUAGAGUUGCGAUCAAAGCUGAGUGCGUUUGGUGGGACUCAAAACACUCCAUAGAUAGGACUUCGUAUUUCUUCUAGUUGGAAGAAUUUGUGCUCUUUGUCAUUUUCUCGAUCUCUUUCUCUCAAUCACUCUUUUUUGUGUCUGAGUUAGCUAGCAUGCAUUUGCUUUGAUCUCUAUGUGUGUGAAAAAGAUAAGAAAGAGGUUUGUGCUUGAUUUGUUUGAUUCAGUCUAAAAGCAUGUCCUUAUAUCUGUGUGCAUGUUCAACAGAUAGAAAAAAAAUAAGUCGAACAAAUUCAAUAGAUAAGAAAAUAUUUAAUC